CGACGACGUGCCUUGUGUACGAGCCCUUACGGAACGCACCCAGCACUGUGCGAUCGAGCGCUCGGCCUCUGCAUUGGUUAGUGUGUGUGUUGCAGGGUGAUUCAGGAUGGUGGACCAGCCUCUGUGGGAGCAGAUUGGAUUCAGCUUUGUGCAGCAUUACUAUAAGAUGUUUGACUCUGACAGAACACAGCUCGGAUCCAUAUAUAUCGAUCAGUCAUGUCUUACCUGGGAGGGACAACAGUUCGAGGGGAAAAGAGCAAUUGUUGAGAAACUCUCUAGUCUACCCUUCGCAAAAAUAGCGCAUAGUAUAACAACACAAGACCACCAGCCAACUCCAGACUACUGCAUCUUGAGUAUGGUAAUAGGACAGCUUAAAGUAGAUGAUGACCCCAUCAUGGGAUUCCAUCAGAGUUUCAUCCUCAAGAACAUUCAGGAUGCAUGGGUGUGCACCAAUGACAUGUUCAGGUUGGCCAUCCACAACUUUGUUUAAGCUCCGCUCCCUGCUCCGGUGGACAGGGGCAGCCAUAGCAAAGGGCGCUGUGUGUGAAGCAUGGAGUUGGGGGAUGGAGAGAAGUGCAUCCCUUCCUCCCUCCUGCUGUCUCAUCAACGCCUGUCCGACAAACAAGCAAACUACAAAUUCUAGAUGUCAAUCACUGAACCUCAUCCAAGCAAGUUUUUAGACCACCCCAACCAGUAGAACUGCGACACGUUUGUUUGCUGUGAGCCGGCUGACCAAUCAGACGCCCCCUGUCUGCCACUCUGCUGACCUGCAUGAUGCUGGGAGCCCAUUAUGACAAUAUCUACACUCAAGCCACCUGGAAGACAAACAGCUGACCAACGCCAUUAAUUCAUACUCUGCUCUGCUUCCCAUCCAGCUUUAUUCUAUUCUAACCUUCUCUGCUCCCUACUGUUUUACCCACUGCUGUCAACUCUGUUCUCUUAGCACUACUGUUGACUGGUUUCUAGAUCAUAUUCAGGUCCUGAGUUGGCCUCUUCACUCGUGACUUGUUUUGUAAGUCAGUUUUUUUAGAUUACAGUUGUUUGUUGACUACAGCUUGCUUUAGUGCACUUAACUAAGUUCAAUCUUUUAAUUUUACCUAAUUGUCAAUUUUGUGACAGGUUUUGCCCUCGCAAAACCCAAGAGUCAUGGACAAGAACGUUUGAUUUAACUGUCUGAUAAUGCAUAAUAUCUCACUCUCUCCUCUCAAUCGUCUUUCUCUCAAAUCUGGCAUGGACUUACAGCCAUGAUACACAAUAAAACCUGGACUUUUUUCUUAAA